GUGUGUGUUGGAGAGCCGUGUGGGAAGGAGCCGGCUCCGCGGUGAGAACCAGCAGCGAAAGGGGCUGCGCUGUACGAUCCCUUUUCCCCUCAAUGAAAUCAACUCAACCCGGAUCCACGCUCCUCCGCACGCCUCCUGAGAAAUUGAGACACCAGCGGACUCAAGUGAUGGCAAAGUAACCGGGAAAGCGUGUACCCGUACCCGUUGGAUGCGGAGAGGACCAUUACGCGUAAAAGUUUUCAUUUUCACGCGCUCCGAGUGGAUGUAACCGUGCGGAUUCUACUACACCUUUGGGACUAUAUUCACGUUUUGUUUUUAAGCACUUUUUUCCCUCCGUCACCGUUGUGGAUUUAUUAUCUUACUACUUUUUUCCUGUGCUGUACAAAGGAAGUAAAUGUAUCCGAAGGGGGGACUGAAAGCGCUUUUACAACUGGAUCUAAUUCACAAAAAGCGAUAGCCUUCUUCUAGUACGGCUCGCUUUCCACAACACGAUAUUGGCACAUGUUUUUGCUCACCCUUGCGCUACUUGGACAUUCACACUUUACGAUGUUUCAUAUAGAGCACUGAAUUGCGCAAAGAGGUCGUUUUAAUAAGGGCCAUUUUUGGGGACCAACUAAGCGACUUUGCAUGUGGCGAAAUUGCGCUAUCCUUUGACAUGACGAAGUGGAUUUCUACGCUGGAAUAAUUUGGAUUAUUAACGUUUUUUUCAUUCGUAAGAGACGUUGAAUGAUGUCUCCUACUUCUAUUGGGAUAGUAGUUUUUGCAGCCACAAUUCUUCAAUUAUGCUCAGGGUCCCGUCUGCGCCAAGAGGACACUCCACCCCGCAUUGUCGAGCACCCGUCGGACCUCAUCGUGUCCAAGGGCGAGCCGGCCACUCUGAACUGUAAGGCAGAGGGCAGGCCCACACCCACUAUAGAAUGGUACAAGGACGGGGAGCGCGUGGAGACGGAUAACCCACGCUCCCAAAAGAUGCUCCUGCCCAGCGGAUCCCUGUUUUUCCUCAGGAUAGUGCAUGGCCGGAGGAGUAAACCGGACGAGGGAUCUUAUGUGUGCGUGGCUCGGAAUUAUCUGGGAGAGGCAGUCAGUCACAACGCAUCGCUGGAAGUAGCCCUUUUGCGUGAUGACUUCCGACAGAACCCUGCAGAUGUGAUCGUAGCAGCGGGAGAACCAGCCGUGUUAGAAUGUCAGCCUCCAAGGGGACACCCAGAGCCCACCAUCUCCUGGAAGAAGGAUGGGGUUACCAUCGAUGACCGGGACGAACGUAUUACGAUCCGAGGAGGAAAGCUGAUGAUCACAAACGGGCGUAAGAGUGACGCAGGGAAGUACGUGUGUGUGGGGACCAACAUGGUGGGCGAGAGGGAGAGCGAGACGGCCGAGCUCACUGUGCUUGAGCGUCCCAGUUUCGUGAAGAGGCCGGGCAGUCAGGUGGUGCUGGUAGACCAGAGUGUGGAGUUCAGGUGUGAGGCCAGAGGAGACCCAGUGCCCACAGUGCGCUGGAGAAAGGAUGAUGGGGAGCUGCCCAAGGGGAGGUUUGAGAUCCGUGAGGACCACACUUUGAAGCUCCGCAGACUGAACCCAGCAGACGUGGGCUCUUACACCUGCCUGGCAGAGAACAUGGUGGGCAAGGCGGAGGCAUCGGCAUCCCUCACCGUCCAUGUGCCCCCGGCAUUUGUGGUGCGCCCCCGGAACCAGGUGGUGGGCGUGGGCCGGACCGUCACCUUCCAGUGCGAAGCCACAGGGAACCCCCAGCCCGCCAUCUUCUGGCAGAGAGAGGGCAGCCAGAACCUGCUGUUCUCGUACCAGCCUCCUCAGCCUUCCAGUCGCUUUUCCGUGUCCCAGAGCGGAGACCUGACCAUCACCGACGCCGAGCACUCCGACGUGGGCUUCUACAGUUGCCAGGCCCUCAACAUCGCUGGCAGCGUCAUCACCAAAGCUCUUCUGGAGGUCACUGAUGUGGUGUCAGACCGCCCACCUCCUGUGAUCCGACAGGGCCCGACCAAUCAGACGGUGGCAGUGGACGGGACGGUGGUGCUGAGCUGCCAGGCCUCAGGAAGCCCCGCUCCCACCAUCCUCUGGAGGAAGGACAGAGCGCUGGUCUCCACCCAUGACUCCAGGAUCCGACAGCUGGACACCGGAGCGCUGCAGAUCCGUUACGCCAAGCUCAGCGACACUGGCACGUACACUUGCAUUGCGUCGACUCCGAGUGGAGAAGCCACGUGGAAGGCACAUCUGGAGGUCCAAGAGUUUGGAGCUCCUGUCCAGCCCAACAGACCAACUGACCCUGCCCUCAUCCCUUCUGCUCCCUCCAAACCGGAGGUCACAGAGGUCACUCGCACCUCCGUCACCCUGUCCUGGAAGCCCAACCUGCUGUCUGGAGCCACGCCCACCUCUUAUGUCAUCGAGGCCUUCAGCCAUGCGUCGGGCAGCAGCUGGCAGACCCUGGCGGAGCAUGUGAAGACAGAGAGCUUUGUGCUGAAGGGGCUGAGACCCAGUGCCGUCUACCUGUUCCUGGUGAGAGCUGCCAAUGCCUACGGCCUGAGCGAGCCCAGCCCCAUUGCAGACGCCAUCAAGACUCAAGACAUCCCUCCCACAAGCCAGGGCGUGGACCACCGGCAGAUCCAGAAGGAUCUGGGAGAUGUGGUCAUCCACCUGCACAACCCCACCAUCUUGUCAUCCUCCUCAGUGCGUGUGCAGUGGACAGUGGAGCAGCAGUCCCAGUAUAUCCAGGGAUACAAAGUGCUGUACCGGCCGUCUCCAGCAGAGGGGCAAGUGCGUAGCGAUUGGUCGGUUUUCGAGGUGCGUACGGCGGCGGAGGACAGCGCCGUGGUGCCCCAGCUCAAGAAGGGCGUCACCUAUGAGUUUAAAGUGCGACCAUUCUUCAACGAAUUCCAAGGCACGGACAGCGACGUGAAGAUUGGGAGGACUCUGGAGGAGGCCCCCAGCGCCCCACCCCGCGACGUCACGGUAACAGAGAGCGGAGACAACGGGACAGCCAUCCUGGUCUCCUGGCAACCGCCUCCGGAAGACGAGAGGAACGGGCUGGUCCAGGAGUACAAGAUCUGGUGCUUGGGAAAUGAGAGCCGCUAUCACAUAAACCGCACAGUCGACGGGUCCACGCUGUCCGUGCUCAUUCCCGGUCUGGCCACUGGGGUGCGUUACAGCGUGGAGGUGGCAGCCAGCACUGGAGCGGGGCCAGGGGUCAAGAGUGAGAUCACGUACUUCCAACUUGACUCCUCUGGUCGGAUGACGGAGGGGGUGAACGGCGGUAACCCACUGUCGCAGCAGAUCUCCGAUGUGGUGAAGCAGCCGGCGUUCAUUGCGGGCAUUGGUGCGGCCUGCUGGAUCAUCCUCAUGGUCUUCAGCAUCUGGCUCUACCGACACCGCAAGAAGAGGAGUGGUCUGUCCACUAGCUACGCAGGCAUACGUAAAGUUCCAUCGUUCACCUUCACUCCCACAGUGGCCUAUCAGAGAGGAGGGGAGGGGGUGAGCAGCGCUGGGAGGCCUGGUUUGCUGAACAUGGGGGAGAGCGCCACUCAGCCCUGGCUCGCCGACACCUGGCCUAACUCCUGCUCCAACCACAACGACUGUAGCAUCAACUGUUGUACUGCGGGCAACGGCAACAGCGAUAGUAACCUAGCAACAUACAGCCGUCCAGCCGACUGCAUCGCCAGCUACAACAACCAGCUGGACAACAAGCAGGCCAACCUCAUGGUCCCAGAGUCUGGGGUCUACAGCGACGUGGACCUGUCCAACAAGAUCAACGAGAUGAAGACCUUCAACAGCCCCAACCUCAAAGAUGGCCGAUUUGUGGGUCCCGGAGGGCAGCCCACCCCUUACGCCACCACACAGCUCAUCCAAUCCGCCAUACUGGGCAACAACAUGAACGCGGACCGCAUGGGGACUGGGGGGAGUGGGGGAGGAGGAGGUGGGGGAGGUCUGGGGGGCGGGGGGGACCUCAACGAGAAACACUGUUGGAAGCCCGGGCACCACCAGAACAUCAUGGAGCAGAACAAGCUGAACAAGGACCGCUACAGAGGAGGGGACAGCCCAAUGCCAGCCACCAUCCCUUACAACCAGCCCCACGACAGCCACACCGGGGGGUCUUACAACAGCUCGGACCGGGGCAGCAGCAGUACCUCAGGAAGCCAAGGCCAGAAGAAGGGCAUGCGGACACCCAAACUGCCCAAACAAAGCACAAUGAACUGGGCUGACCUGCUUCCCCCGCCCCCUGCUAACCCACCCCCCGGGCGCACCUCCAAUGACUACGCCAUGACCAUGCAAGACAGCUGUGACCCGGACAUGCAGUGCCCCAUGACCCCCUCACACAUGUACCUGCAGCCCGACGAGCUGGAGGAGGAGGAGAUGGAGAGGGGACCUACACCACCCAUCAGAGGGGCCGCCUCCUCCCCCGCAGCGGUGUCCUACAGCCACCAGUCCACAGCCACCCUCACCCCCUCUCCCCAGGAGGAGCUACAGCCUAUGCUCCAUGACCCGCACGACAGCCACGAGCGCAGACGUCAUGGAAUGAGCCCGCCGCCCCCUCCCCGCCCUCAUAGCCCCUCCCACACGUACAGCUACAUCAGCAGCCCACUUGCCCUGGACACAGACGGGCUGGAUGAGACCGAAGAGGAUGUCCUAGAGGGGGAGGAGGGCGAUGACACGGACGCGGAGGUGGCCAAAAUGCACUACCAUCACCACCCGCACCUCCACCCGCACGUCCAGCCCCCCCACCUGCACACCCACCCACGUCGCCUGCUGCUCAGGGGCCUGGAGCAGACCCCCGCCUCCAGCAUGGGGGACCUGGAGAGCUCGGCAACGGGCUCCAUGGUGAACGGGUGGGGGUCGGCAUCGGAGGAGGAUAAUGCGUCUUCAGGUCGGUCCAGCGCGGUCAGCUCCUCCGAUGGGUCCUUCUUCACUGACACAGACUUCGCACAGGCGGUGGCAGCGGCAGCGGAGUACCAAGGGCUCCGGGUCGGGCACAAGUAUCCCGGCAGCACGCAGGGCCCCGAGUGUGGGACCAACUCAGCACGAAAAUACCAAAUAGCAGGGCCAGGUGUGCGUCCCGCCAGCCCCGUGUCCACAGACAGUAACAUGAGCAUGGCAGCGGUCCAGAGGAGGCCUCCUAAGAAGCAGAAGCAGCACCCGGGAGGGCAGAGGCGCGACCCGUACAACGAAGAUCUCCCACCUCCUCCCAUCCCUCCUCCAGCAGUGCUCAAGUCUCCCACACACCCCUCUAAGGCAGCCAUGGAGGGGAGGGGGGUGGUGUCUCCAAAGGCUGGGGAGAGAAGAGGAGGAGUGGGCAGCAGCUACCGGCCCAGAGACCCCUCUGACCAGAGGAGCGAUCAGAGGAGUGACCAGAGGAGUGGGUCUACGGAGAGGAGGGAGAGCCCAGACAAAGCAGUGAACCAGGGAGGCAAAGGGAACAAGGCCCGGCAACACACAGGCUCAGAGGACAUCAUGCCCUACAGCAGACCGCAGUUCCCCUCAGUGAACAGCCCCCGGGACCCCAGCUCCUCCAGCUCCAUGUCCUCCAGGGGGUCCGGGGGCCGCAGGAGAGGGGAGGGGGGCCCCGGGCGCAGGAACCCUCCCACAGAUAUGAGCCUCAGCACCACAGGGGCCUUCACACCAGGAGAGGAGGAGCGGGAGAUGAUUGAGAGCUGAAGACCUGAAUGACCUUUAGAAGAAAUGUUCUGAUUUGUCCUGAUUUGGAGCAUCGUCGUUUUCCACCAUUUGGAACUGGUCUGUGUUCCACUUUGAAUUUGGACUCUCUUUCUGUACAUGUGUUCCUUUACCAAACCGACCAAUGUUUUUUCUAACUUUCUACAUCUGUUCAAAAGACAAUAGAAUGUUGCGUGGAAUCUUUGAAUAUCCCAGUAUAUUUAUGUUCAAUUCCAAUGCAAUAUGGAGUCAUCUCCUCAACAUCACUCGGCUUGCCUUGACCUGGACUGUACUGAAAGCUGCAAGCAUUUUUUGGGGGAAACUGUGUAAAUAUCAAUGUAACGUCCAACUGUUCGACCCACGAUGGUACCUCGAUCCGUCUUCCUCGUUUGAUUAUUUUUGCAAAAAAUUUUUAAUGAAUAUAAUUAUUUUACCAUUUCCAUCCAUGUUGUAAAUUACUAUCUUAUGGCGGUCAACAGUCCCACCCACUUCGACAUCUGUUCUGGUUCCCAAAGUAAAUUUUUCAUUCAUUUUUCUCAUAGACUUCGAAAAAGUCAAAUGUUAUAAUAAGAGUUCAAAGGCAUUGCAGAGGCCUACCAGCUAUGUGCUAGCUAAUAUCCAUAAAACAGUCGUUUUAAGUCCAAAAAUCACAUUUAAAUCAGCCAUAUUGUGCUUGUGUGUGCACUAUAUGGCACAUGUGGAUUAUUCUGUUAUAAUGUGUACAUUUUAAAUUGAAAUAUUCAUCUGUAUCAAAAUGACUACACAACGCGUGUGUGUCACCGUGUGUCACCGAUUAAGAAAAUAAAACUGGAGAAGUAGAGAGCAGUGGGCUCAUCAAAAACAUGCCCGCAAAGGGUUUAGAUAUCAUUCAUGCAUGUUCUCUCUGUUCGGUUAGCUGUAAGAUUCUGCACAAUGCUUCGUCCACAAGCCUCAUCAUCCAGAUAUACAAAAGCAUGAUGCCAAAUUGUACAUAACAACUUCACAAACGUGAUGACAGAAUCACGCUGAUUGUGUUGUGAUAGUGCUCUGAAGAGGGAGUGACUUAACGUGGGGAGCAAAGGGUGAGGGGAUUCAGAGUAUGAAAAACGAAAAUGAAACUUAUAAAACAUAUUAAUACACUGUUUUUCGGUGAAUAUAGGAUUUUCAAAACAAUAAAAGGUAACAUGGUGAUCUAAAUAUGUUAUGUACCCCCUCUUUAAAUAGAAUUAUAGUUCUUGUGGUCCUCAGUUACCACAUAGCUGAUUAGACCUGAGCAUUCAAACUUUUCAUAUUCAUGUUUUUUUAGUCUAUGAGUCUAUGAGAAAAAUAAUGAAAAACUUAUUUCCGGACUCAGGGGGUGGGCGAUCACUGUUGAGCUUCAUUUUGCUGCCCCAAGAAAGUGCCACUUUGGGAGAAUUUUCGUAUUUUGUUUUUUGUAAUGCACUGUUGCGUCGUGUUGAUGUUCGUUCUAUGUUCUAUGUUUUACUUUGGUUUUAAAAGCACAAUCACUAGACUUUAUUUCAAACCAUUUUUAUCUAUUAACCUUUUUGUCUUACUGGAGGAAAACAGGUAUGACAAAAAUGCGUGUAGUUAUUCUUGAAGCUGACGGCGUUGUUAGGUUUACGAAGGAUGCUUUUUGUUAAUUAUUAUUUUAUUUUGAAAAGAAAUUCCUCGCAUUCUUAUUGGUUGCCUCUCCGGUUUAAUUGACAAGUAAUGAAUCACAGCUGCAAUGUAAAUAACUUGUGGAACUGGCCAUGAUUUAAGCGGUCUUACAAGCAGGAAUGGUAAUGCACUUAAAAAUGGUUUUCAAAAUGGCGUUAUCAUGGUGACCGGAGAGGUGGCGAAUGGAAGGAGGAGAGGAGCUUCGUUUCUUGAAUUGAUGGGCAUUGGACCCUCAGGAGGAAGGGAGCUGUUGUUUAUUCAUAGGACAUCUGCAAACAUUUGUUUCGUAUGGCGAAAAAUACAAAAAAACUGAACUAAAAAAGAGAAAUAAAAAGGUUCAAACUAUAAA